CUGGAUGUACUCCAGGCACAGGAGGACGACAUGAGACAGAAGUUUGUUCAGAGAGUCAAGGAGAAGGAGUCAGAGCUGAAGGAUGCAGAGAAACAGCUGCACGCCAAGUUUGACAACCUGAAGAAGCAGCAUGCCGAUGAGAAGAAAUCACUGGAAGAGAAACGCCGUCAGCUGGAGGAGGAGCUAAACGCAUUCAACCGCCGCAAGCAGAUGCUCGAGCAAAACAACUCCUCCUCCUCCUCCAUCACCGGCAAGAAGAAGAAGUAAGCGGCACGUAGGAGACACCUGCUCCCCGCCAACGCUUCCUUCGUUCACCCGGGCUGCGCCGGUGUAACAUGUGUGCCCUGCUACAGUCAGUCUCUCUCUCUUCUCUCUCUCUCUCUCUCUCUCUCUCUCUCUCUCUCUCUCUCUCUCUCUCUCUCUCUC